CAUAAAUUUACCUGUCAUCGGAAAAACCAGCUUAAUGACAAACAGCUACUACAGUAGCAGAAUACAUCACCUUUAACUUUGGAUAUAAAAACAAACGACUAUUAUCAAAGAUGGCUGCGACGGUCGAUUUUACACCGAUCUCAACUAUUGUUCUCUACCUCUGGGUGUUUGUUGAUGUAUUGUUCAAAGCAAUGACAUUAGAGAACGAGUUACCAGGACUUACGCGAAUGGUUGCAGAGUUUAUUGAUGUUAAAACCUGCGUCCAUUAUCUGAUUAUGAUGAUUCUCGUGAAUCAUGGAACGACAACAAUGGAAAAAAUUCGCUACUGGCACAUUUACAGCAAGCGUGUGAAAGACGACUACAUGCAAGGCAACUAUAAUUACAAAAGUUAUGCAUAUUUUGACCUCUCCAAAAUUUGCAAGUCAAGUGCAUUCAAUGCAGCUACGCAUGACGUUGUUGCGAACUCUAUGUCAGAAAAGUGCAAGACAUUAACAUGGACAGAUAAGAGUUCACAGCCAGAUACAACGAAAGAAGUCAUUGACAACAGCAAAUUACUUAAGAGUAAAGGAAAAGACAAUAGUAUAGGGAAUGACACAAUGAAAGAUGAAGUCAAGGCGAUAGAAUAUUCAGAUUCUGAUGAGAGCAUUAUCAUUCCCGUGGACAACGUUGACUACAAUAAAAAUGUUGAUUUAAAAAAUGAGCAAAAUGGGCAAAAAAGGAAAAGGGUCAAAACUAGAAGAAUAUGUACCAGAAGGAAGAUAAUCACCUGCGAAGAAAACAAACAAAGUACGAAAGCAAAAGUAUCCUGUACCUUUGAAUUUGACUUUACAGCUGGUGCACUACUGGCGGUGAAACCAUCCAAAAAGGCGUUUAUGUUAGCCUUUUUGAUACUGUCUGGAUUAGCUCCGACGGCCGCAGCUCCCAUCCAGCAAGAUCCCGAAAGACGCGGCUUAUACGAAUACCGACUGCUCGUAACAUCAAAUUGUAACUACAGGGAUUUGAUUGUAUCCAGGACAUGCCAAACGGACGAAGAAUUGGCUCAAACUUACAUUGACUACUGCGGAUUUGCUGAUCUGUGUAACCCAGGAUUUAAGCCUGUUUGUGUCAGCGGUGAUGAUGGUGGAAUGUUUCAUAUCUGCUCCCCUGAGGGUCUCACAUGCCCGAAAGGAUAUAGAAGAAGAGCAUGGCUGAACAGUACUGAUUCCGAUGUGGUUUUAGUGGAGGAAGUAAAAUGUCCAGAGGGAAAGUACCAGUCGGAAAAAUCCAUCUGUUAUGACGCAUGCGAAAACAGAUAUGAAGAUAUCAAAGACUUGCCUGCAAAAUAUGCCAUAUUUUCAGAGGGGAACAAUAUAUCACCGCCAUGGAUCUAUUGUGACUUUGAAAAGGGUUUUUAUAAUAUGGAUGGCAAAUUUCUUCUUGAGUAUGGCGAGGAAUUCAAGUACUUUCCCUACUUCUGUACUAGCGUCUCUGAUGUCAACAUUUGUGCCACUGGGAAAUAUCCACUUCCUAAUGGCACGUGUGUAUUGCCUUGUAAGGAAGGCUUAAAACGAGAUGUACAUGAUGGUUUUCUGUGUAAAGUACAGAGUCAGAAUUGGGCUGACAAUUUACCAGGAAAAGAGGAAAACAGCAUUGAAAAAGAGCACAGACAAGAAACAAGCAGGUCGAUAACCGAAUACAAGGGUCCAAUUGAAAUCGAUAUGACGACGCAGAGCCCAGGGGUUCGAACAAAUGAUGCAGACGAUCAUGAAAAAACAACUUCGAGCGCUAUUUUGAUUGCAGGUUUGGUAACAGGCUUCUUUAUUUCGCUUACUCUUGCCGUCGCGUUUGGUGUUCUGUUUUGGGCAUAUCGAACGAAACACAAAGCAAAAAGCAUCAGAAUCAAGAACGAGAGCAGAACUGAAAAUCGGACAAUUAUUGACAAGGUGGACAAUGUCCAUAUCACUCACCAUGUCACUACAGGGGAAAACGGUACCCGUGAUGCACAGGUUGAGAUGCGUCCUUUCCUUGGCGGUGAUUCUCAGGAGUAGGGAGUAGCGUGCGUAGCGGCUUGAAGUAUAACAGUUAAUUAUGCCAUCAUUUUUGACAUUCACAGACGUACAUGCAAUUCAGAACGGUCGCAUGUGAAACAUUACUAUUCAUUGUCGUCAAAUGAUACAUCUAAGCAGUAAUAAAGGCAGAUACAAUGUAAAAUACAUAAAAUUUUAUUUGUCUAUGUAAGAGGUACAGCUCGUACCCCAACGCAGUCUGGCUUUGAAAGUUUUUUUCCCAAUAUUGUACAUUUAUAAUGUCUAUACUUUAAGUCAACAAUAUGGUGCAUACACUAUAGAUUCGAGUCGAGCAGCACUACUUUGAAUUCACAUCACAACAUGAGACCAGCCUACAUUUGUUAGAUUUAUAAAAACAAAAGGUUUCAGACAUCUUUCAAAUACUGCGUUGUAUACAAACGAAAGGCACAUAAUAUGAAAAAAAAAGAGAAGACAUAUACAUUUGUGUGCUACAGUGUUGUGCUACUCAAAUGGAUGAUAAAACUUAGCUUACUUGAAUUUGUAUGAUAAACAUCUGUACAUUAACAUUAUUAUAAUUGUCAGCUUCCUUGAAUAUUGGUGACUUCAGAUGCCUAUUUUUAAACGUUGAACAUGCUUGCAACAUUUUGUUCAGUGCCAUGGAACAAUGAAUGUUUAACAAUAUUUGGAACCAGAAUGAGAACUGCUUUAGCAUUGUCUUUCCUUCCUUCUAUAAGAACACAAAAAGAAUGCAAAAUUGUAGAUCCCUCUUACCAUUUUACUAACAGUAAUGAACUUGAUAAAUAUCCGUUUAAAUAUUAUUAAUACAUGUAUGUUAUAAUAAAAAUCACGAACAUGUUUUAUGCAAAGCUGUGAAGUAAAAUAUAUUAGUUCUAACCCUAA